AUGGAUACUCCAGGCAGCGAUAUACCUUCUGGGAGUACAGGUAUAUCUACUACAGACACAUCCACUGCGACAUCUCCCAAGCCUACUAUGUCAAACGUCCACCCAGACGCAGGAUCAUCCAAUAGCCAUAUUAUCUCGAUUGUUGAGAACGACGACUCAGCCUCAGAUGUUUCGAUGUCCGCAGAUUCUGAGGAUGAAGAUGAAGAUUCCUUGGAUAACCUGGCCGUACAAUCCAACUCGAAAGCCCAAAUUCCGGAAAAAACUAAUGGUCCCAUGUUGCAGUCCUCCCAGCCGGAAACUUCCAGGAAGCGGAAAUAUUUAGAAUCCAGAGAGGAUUGUACAAAUGGCCACAUUGACAACAUAAAGGUCCUUGAGGAAAUGCGCAAACGUCUAAAGCCAGAUGAGAUACAGGACCAUUGGAGAAGUGAGGGCCAAUUACAUUUAAAUCGGUCUGUUCUGCCAGCUGAAAUUUGGCAUCACAUUUUCACUUUCACUGCUCCUAAAACUUUGGGUAACUUGUUACAAGUAAACAAGUCUUUCAAUAAAUAUCUUGAUCCUUCAUCAGAUAGCACCAUUGUUCCCCUUUCCAAAUCUUCUGUUCAGGUAUUAAAGCCAGAUGCCAUCUGGCGAGCCUCUAGACGUUUUUUUCAGCCUCUCAUGCCUGUUCCUUUAGUUGGACAAACUGAACUUGAUAUGUGGAGAAUGUGUUGCUCCAAUUCCUGCCAGUUCUGUAGCAAGAAAAAUUCAAUUGCCAACAUUGUUCAAUCAGACCAAUGGCACCUGGGUCCAGGGGAAAAUGGAGUCAUUCCCAUCUGGCCUUUUGCAGUGAGAUCAUGUGGAAUUUGUCUUCUGAAACAUGCUAUGAAGUAUAGUCUCACGUUUUCUUUAGUUUGCACCUGGGGCUCACUAAUUCGUACCCAGGAGAUUGAUGUAUUGCUGUCUUCAUCAGUUCCGUCACCGCUGAUGCCGGCCCUGCCAUUCGUAUUUCUCACCAAUGAGUUACAUGUCAUUUCAGCAACAGCAUUGCAGAACAGCCAACCACCGCCAACUACUCAAAUUACGAAAUACUAUCUCAAAAAGCAUAUCGAAGAAAUCAAAGAUGAAUUUGAAUCCGUCAAAGCUAUGGGCUCGGCAACGAUAGAAGAAUGGCUCAAAGGUCUGGAAGAUCGUGGUAAAGAACGGCGUAACGAUUCAGCCCGGUGGGAAAGAUGGGAGGCCAAUGGCGGGACUGUUCGGAUCAAAACACCAGAUCAACAUGACCCCUCAAAACAGAUACCUGCAGCAAUUACUUCAAACACUGAUUUUAUCCCCACAAAAGGGCAACAAGUAUUGAUAAAUAGUGGACCAAAAUUGCCAAACCAUACGCCUGACACGCAGUCAUUGCCCCAGAUCCCCAAAUCAUUGCCUGCGAUACACACUUCUUUCCCGGCGAACAUUCCGGUACCGCGGUACGACUCGCCCUCACAGAGUAUUUAUUCUGCAUAUACACCUCGGUCAAACUUACAGCCAAAACAUGAAAGGACCAAGGAGGAAGUUGCCGAUCUGAAAGCAACACGAAGGGCUGAAAUUGAACGAAGAUCCUUAUUGUUAGAUCCUCCACUGACAGCAAAUGUUCUAGCCCAUAUGAGUUCAUUCCAGGCCGCUAUACAGAUAAUUCAACCUUUGAAUGAUGGUGCCUGGGAAGUUUUGAAGCCCCGAUUACUAUCACAGAGAGAAGAAGCCGAGCAACGAGAAAAUGACCGGAUUACCCAAUUCCAAGAAGCCAUUGAUAGAGAAUGGGAUGAUGCCCAGGCCCCACUCCGCGCUCGGAUUGGUGCAUAUGCCGAUGAAACAAUUCGUUCUGGCUGGAAUGGUGGUGACAAAGUGACCAAAGAAUCUAGUCCUAAAUUUGCCGCGGACGUCCUGAUCUACGUCAGAAAACGGUUCUAUGCUGAGAUCGCCAAGGAUGAUGCUGCAGUGCGGGCAACAGGCCAAGAGCCACCAUCGGAUCCUCCAUUGGGGCCAUACACUCGCAAGCUAACUUUGGAAAAUAUGAAAUGGGUGUUUGAUACAAAGAUAAAACCUCACACUGAACAGUAUAACAAGGACCUUUUUCUUUGCAAUGUCUGCGACAACAAUUUUAAGUAUUAUGGUUUCGAGGGCGUUGUUCAGCAUUUUGCUGCCAAGCAUACCACUUCGCUCAGUUUUGGUAGCAUAGUAGUACAUUGGAAAUCAGAAUGGCCAGAGUAUCCACCGUUUUGUCCAGAUCCUAUUGCCCGGGUUAGAACUGUCUUUCCUAAUUUUCCUGGGCCAAGUGCCACCGCUCCCUACGUCGGUUCCGCUCCCUCUAUCCCACCGCAUAGUGGUUAUGCUGGAUAUCAGCAGCUUGCCUCGGCUGCACCGAACCCCAAUGUUUACCAGGAUCCAUAUUAUGGCCAUUCCCAGUAUGGAGACCAACAUGUAGCCCCCCAGCCUGGUCCGUAUGCACCGCAACAAAUGUACCAGGAUCCGAAUCAAGGCUAUUCCCAAUAUACAGCACAACCAUUGUCUGCCAUAACUCCAGGAUACAGCGACCGUGUUCAAAACUACCCACAGUCUAAUUAUGGAGGUCCCUACUCUACACCAACUCAGCCAGGCUAUACGCCUUUACCCCCUAACCAGAUGUAUCCUACUCCAAUACCGGAUACCAAUGUCCAACAGUCAUCUUAUGUUUCCCACAAUGCCCAGCAUCCUACCUCGUACAAUCAGCCACCAGCUUACACCAAUGGAAAUUACUCACAAAUGACAGCGUCCGCGCCGCAGCAAGCACAACCUCGUGCUUCUUCGUUACCACAAAAGACCGAGGAGUACAAAGCCCACCUUCGGCAGCUUGGUCACGACGCUAGGACUAUUUGGGACUCGAUAAGUGGCGUGAAAGAAGUUCCCGGUAGCAUAAAGGCACACACAAUCCUCUUUCACCUGUUAAAAAGAUUUCGCUCUAAGUUUGGGCAGGACCCACCACUCUCGAUGAUUGUUGAUGGAUUGUCCAAUAAUAAGGACAUGCGACCUGUCCGAAAUAUUAAUGGGCUUUUGUGCCGAGCUUGUGUACUAGGCAUGGCAGGUUCUGUUACUUCUUCAAAGCCCGAUAGGAAACAUUUUUCAUUUCCACAACUUGCCAUGCACUUCCGCACGAUACACGAGGAAGGAGUGCCUUCGAACCUUAUAGGUCACUUCCCAGAUUGGACAAAAGACAUGGUCGAGCUUCCCGAUCAGGCGAAAAUUUCUUCACUUGCAACUGCCCCAGGAAUGGAAGCUCGAAAGCUUGAGAUCUUUUUAGAAGCGCUCCCAGAGAUUGCUGCGACACCACCACCACCGAAAAAAGAUAUGAUGUCUCAGCGAGCUUCAUCGUGGCACCCAAAAGCCGAGCCUCUAGAUCAAGAAACGUCUAUUUGGCAGCAGGUGCCAUAUGCCAGUCAGGAAAUAACUGUACCCCUUGCGCCCUCGCAAGACAAUCAUGAAAAAUACUAUGCCACUGUUGCAGACACUCGAACUCCUAAUACCGAAUCGGUUUCUGUCACUUACAAUAAUAAUCCGUAUGAUCCACGGCACCCUCGCGAUGCGCAAAAACGACAAUCAUCACGUAACCCCGCAUCGAUCGCCGUUUCAUCUCGUCACGAACAAGAUGGCCAAACAAUCCACGAUGAAAUUGUUAAUGUUCGCCGACCCACAAAGUCUACAUCACCUUUUGUAUCUUAUGCCAGACCCGAAGAAAGUCAUAGCCGCCGUACCGCUCAUGAUGAAUCCCCAAUCUACUUGGAUAGAAAUAUUAGGUAUCGAGAAGCAAACAAUGCAGAACACAAACCUCGCUACGAACGAACCAUCAAAAGCUACGAUGAUUUAGCCACCCCCGUUCGAGAGUAUGGAGCCGCAAACUCUCAAUCGCAUAAACUAAAUCGACAGGAACAACCAUCACCCAACACUGGAAGUGUUGCAAAAAACUCGUUGGAAACUCAGUACAGGCCAUUAGAGAACACAACAUCUCAACAAACCCGUAUCUUCGAUGUCGUCGCUCAGAUCUCUCAGCAGGCACAGCAGGCACAGCAGGCACGUGGGAAACAAAUUACUAUUCGUGAAGGGCCUGCUGAGCUCGGGUCCGAAGACGGUGAGUUGCAAACAGAUACGAUUGCGCAUGCCAAUCAUAAGCGACCGUUAGAUGAAGCGACCAAUGAAGCGGAACGAUUUCUUGGCAGCUUGCAGCCCGAAAAGCGUUCCGAUGCUGUUAGUCAAAGAGUUCAGCAACCCAUGCGGCAUAGAGAGGAUUACAUCGAGCCGAAAUGGGAAGCAGAACGCGCCGAUAGUAUGCGCCAGAGGCGCCCCCUAUCAUCAGAACCACAACAGCGUUUUCAAAAAGUAUAUAAUGAUGGUCUAGCCAUGUCCGCUCGACCUACACAUGUCCCUAGUGAGCAGGGAUCUUACAAUGGAUACUAUACACAAGAGCGCCCUCCUCAAGCUCGACAAAUUCGAGCUUAUGCUACGAACGAUCAUUAUAUGGAUCCUGUUUCUGGGCAAUCCUUUGCACGAGAGCGUUCUCCUGAAAUUAUUGAUCGACGAUACCCGAGCAAUGUAAUUUAUCGUGAUGAGAGACAGGGAAGUCAUGGUGCUCAUCGCACUCCGAGCAGAUAUGCUCGAUAUGAGAGUGUCAGAUUAGAAAAUGACCGAGCACGUUCAAGGUCACCAGUAUACGUUAAGGCGGGCGCACAAGCUGGACAGUAUGCCGAACGCAGUCCAGACCCCCAUAAUUCUCGCCAAGAGCCCAUCUAUCGCAUGCGGACACCAAAAGAAGAAAUCAUUUAUGAAAGGGCUCCACGCCAGGAGUACUAUCGUGUUUACGCCGAUGAGCCUCGACUCCGACAAGCUUAUGAAUAUAUCCAGUACGAUUCUCAAGGUCCUUAUAUCAUACAUAGACCUGCCCGCCGAGAACAUGAAACGAUUUAUGCAGCAUAUGAGGGCGAGUCUCUCUCUCGGCAACCUCUUUACGAAGCACGCCCAACCGUUGGACAUACAGAUCCUGCUUAUUAUGAAGAGUACGAUCCUCGCCAUCCGGAGCCGCCUCCUGCAGCCGCGGAAGCUCGCGAGGUUAGAUACCAGUAA